AUGGAAUGUAUUCUUCUUGCUGGAAAUUAUUCGAAUUUAUCUGAACAUGGUAUAUAUAACAUUAUAAAAGAGAAUGCUUUAUAUCUUGCUAUAGGUCAAUGUUAUGUUUAUUCAUAUCCAUUUACAUUGACAAGUUAUGAAUGUAUUACAAAUAACUUUCCAGGUGGAUUAUUUACAUAUGUUCGUGAAGUAUCAUUAUAUGAUAAACAUCUUUUUGAACAUAAACAUUUUCUUCAAAUUCAAAAAUCAUUUUCAUUCAUGGAAGAUCUAACUGUAACUAAUUGGAAACCAUAA